AUGGCUUCCACACCAAGCUUCAGCACACCCCCACCAAAGACGCAAUACUGCAUCCUCUCGUUCCCAGCCCCCUAUGUCUUACUCGUCACCCUCAACCGGCCCAAGGAGCUCAACUGCAUCAACACGGCCGGUCACGCCGAGCUCGACGAAGUCUGGACCUGGCUAGACCGCGAGCCCGCCCUUCGUGUCGGCAUCAUCACCGGCGCCGGGCGCGCCUUCUGCGCGGGCGCAGACCUCAAAGAAUGGAACCAAUCCAACUCAUCCAACACGCCACGCCAGCAACCCAGCGCCUCAGGCUUUGGCGCGCUGUCGCGGCGCUCGGGGCUGAAGCCCGUCAUCGCGGCCCUCAACGGGCUGGCGUACGGCGGCGGGUGCGAGAUGGUCAUCAACGCGGACAUCGUCGUCGCGGCGCCCUCGGCGACGCUCGCCCUGCCCGAAGUCAAACGUGGCGUCGUCGCGCUGGCCGGCGCGCUGCCCCGCCUCGUGCGCACGGUCGGGAAGCAGCGCGCCAUGGAGAUGUCGCUGACGGGACGCACCGUGUCCGCGCAGGAGGCGAGGGAGUGGGGGCUGGUGAACAAUGUCGUAGGGGAGGGGGAGGGGGAGGUUGUGAAGGAGGCGGUGCGGCUGGCGGAGAUGAUUGUGGGAAAUAGCCCGGAUGCGGUGAUUGUGACUAGGGAGGGCGUGAAGAUUGGGUGGGAUGGCUUGGGCGCGGAGGAUGCGACGAGGAUUUGGGGGGAGAGUUGGUAUCCGAGACUGCUGGGUGGUGAGAACAUGAAGGAGGGUGUGAGGGCGUUUGUGGAGAAGAGAAAGCCAGAGUGGAAGGCCCCCAAGCUGUGA